GAGCGAGACGGAGCCCCGGGCGCCGCCGGAUCCGCCCCUCGCAUCCCGGCCCCCCGGCGUCCGCGCGCUCAGGCCCCAGCCCGAGGCCGACUCGAGGUGCUUCUGCUGCGGCCCCGGCACCCAGCUCCGGAAAUGCCAGGGAUGCAGAUAGAGCAGAAUUUGUUUUCCCUUUGUAUCAAGUAGAAACGUGCCAACUUCUGGUUGUUGGAACCGCCUAAAACAACAAGAGCCCCUGGGAAGCCAGGGCACGCUCCCGGGUUUUCAUUGAAGAUCCAUAAGGAAGUUUUACAAUAAAUUGGGAGACCUGGAACAAGCCCUGGCGGUUGGAUCUUUUAUCAAGCAGAAAUGCAUCGAACAACCAGAAUCAAGAUCACUGAGCUAAAUCCCCACCUAAUGUGUGUGCUUUGUGGAGGGUACUUCAUUGAUGCCACGACCAUAAUAGAAUGUCUACAUUCCUUCUGUAAAACAUGUAUUGUGCGUUACCUGGAGACCAGCAAGUAUUGUCCUAUCUGUGAUGUCCAAGUUCACAAAACCAGACCACUACUGAAUAUAAGGUCAGAUAAAACUCUUCAAGAUAUUGUAUACAAAUUAGUUCCAGGGCUUUUCAAAAAUGAAAUGAAGAGAAGAAGGGAUUUUUAUGCAGCUCAUCCUUCAGCUGAUGCUGCCAAUGGCUCUAAUGAAGAUAGAGGAGAAGUUGCAGAUGAAGAUAAGAGAAUUAUAACUGAUGAUGAGAUAAUAAGCUUAUCCAUUGAAUUCUUUGACCAGAACAGAUUGGAUCGGAAAGUAAACAAAGACAAGGAGAAAUCUAAAGAGGAGGUGAAUGAUAAAAGAUAUUUACGAUGCCCAGCAGCAAUGACUGUGAUGCAUCUGAGAAAGUUUCUCAGAAGUAAAAUGGACAUACCUAAUACUUUCCAGAUUGAUGUCAUGUAUGAAGAGGAACCUUUAAAGGAUUACUAUACACUAAUGGAUAUUGCCUACAUUUAUACCUGGAGAAGGAAUGGUCCACUUCCUUUGAAAUACAGAGUUCGACCUACUUGUAAAAGAAUGAAGAUCAGUCACCAGAGAGAUGGACUGACAAAUGCUGGAGAACUGGAAAGUGACUCUGGGAGUGACAAGGCCAACAGCCCAGCAGGAGGUAUCCCCUCCACCUCUUCUUGUUUGCCUAGCCCCGGUACUCCAGUCCAGUCUCCUCAUCCUCAGUUUCCUCACAUUUCCAGUACUAUGAAUGGAACCAGCAACAGCCCCAGCGGUAACCACCAAUCUUCCUUUGCCAAUAGACCUCGAAAAUCAUCAGUAAAUGGGUCGUCAGCAACUUCAUCUGGUUGAUACCUGAGACUGUUAAGGAAAAAAAGUUUUAAACCCCUGAUUUAUAUAGAUAUCUUCAUGCCAUUACAGCUUUAUAGAUGCUAAUACAUGUGACUAUCGUCCGAUUUGCUUUCUUUUGUAGUGACAUUAAAUUUGGCUAUAAAAGAUGGACUAGAUGUGAUACUCAUAUGGACGUUAAUUGAAAAGAAAGAUCGUUCCUAUAAAGAAUUGGUUUCUGAGAAGGCAGAGAUUUUUUCUGUGUAUUAGGAAAGAUGUGAAAUGGUUUCUGUAACCAUUGUUUGGAUAUAAAAAUAUUCUGCAGUGGAUAUAAACAUUGGGCCAUAGUUUGUUAAUCUCAACUAACGCCUACAUUACAUUCUCCUUGAUUGUUCUUGUUAUUAUGCUGUUUUGUGAACCUGUAGAAAACAAGUGCUUUUUAUCUUGAAAUUCAACAAACGGAGAAUAUGCAUAGAAUAAUGCAUUCUAUGUAGCCAUGUCACUGUGAAUAACGACUUCUUGCAUAUUUAGCCAUUUUGAUUCCUGUUUGAUUUUUACUUAUCUGUUGCUACGCAAAACCGAUCAAAGGAAAGUGAACUUCAGUUUUACAAUCUGUAUGCCUAAAAGCGGGUACUACCGUUUAUUUUACUGACUUGUUUAAAUGAUUCGCUUUUGUAAGAAUCAAAUGGCAUUAUGCUCGUUGUACAAUGCCAUAUUGGUAUAUGACAUAACAGGAAACAGUAUUGUAUGAUAUAUUUAUAAAUACGAUAAAGAAAAUAUUGUGUUUCAUGCAUUCAGAAAUGGUUGUUAAAAUUCUCCUGACUGGUUCGACCUUUGCAGCUACCCUAUGUUUGAGCCUUAUCAGCACAGAAUAUUUGUAAUGUGGCUAAUUCUAAAUUCUGUUCCAUUGAAAGCAACUGGCAAAUCAUAAUACUGACUUGCUCUAGUAAUACGUUUACUUUUAAACUUAAUUGUUGCAGUAAAGAAAAACUUUUAAGGAAUUUGGAAAUAGUGUCUUCAUUUCCCAUUGCUUAUGAUGGAAUCAAUGUAUUUUUAAAAUGUAUAUUGAUCACUAUAAUUCUAAAACAAAUUUUUAAAUAAACCAGCAAAUUGCUAGAAAAAGGCAUUUUAUCUAAAAUUAUUUUAAUAUGUGGUAUAGCAGUAAUUUCAAAUUUAAGAGUUGCUUUUACAGUUAUAAACAAUGGCAUAUGCCCUCUUUCUAAUGUCUGGAAAUAGAAGCAAUUUAUUAUGGGCUUCUACAGGUAUUCAUUUUUAAACAGAGUAUGUUGAAUUUAAAAUAUGAAUAACCCCAACAAUAUUCAGUUUGUGUUUUGCUUUGGUCGAACUUGGUGUAUGUUCAUCACCCAUCAGUUAUUUGUAAGGGUGUUUAUUCUAUAUGAAUAUUGUUUCAUGUUUGUAUGGGAAAAUUGUAGCUAAACAUUUCAUUGUCCCCAGUCUGCAGAAGAAGCACAAUUCUAUUGCUUUGUCUCGCUUAAUAGUCAUUAAAUCAUUACUUUUACAUA